AUUGAAAUUGAAUGCGUGUUUGUUUGGACUGCUUUCAGCUUUUUGAAGCGUGAAAAAUCGUUCAUUGUUUUCGUCCUAUGACGAUAAGAUAAUUUUAACAUGGUGACAGCUGUUCAGCCAAUGUUUGGUCUGCUAAAAAGACUCCAUUUACAUCCAAUGGAAAGUGCUUUAAACGAGUUAACUCCACAAACUUCACUGAUAGAGUCAAUAAAAUUUAGAGCACAUCCAUUCUGGUUUCGUAAAACAAAAUCAGAAGAAAUACAUCGGGAUCAUAAUUAUGCAGGACAAAAAAGACAAUCAGCUUAUCUGUCUAACGCACACUUGACAGCUACUAAACGAUCUCGUCGUGCCGCAAGACUAUCAGAUAAAAACGCAAAUCUUAUUGAUAUAAACGUCAAGAAUGAUUGUUAUGAAAAUCCAAGUGUUUUACGUUAUUCCACUGUCAAUUCUGGUGUAAGUUCGUCGAACUUGCAGCUCUUUUCAUCUCCUAAAUCUAUUAGCCCUCCUAACUUUCCUACAUCAGCAGCAGCAGCAGCAGGUGUUGUUGUUGCACAUACUCGACGUGGUUUGCUUUCACCUGAACCCCUGGUGGUACUUCCCCAUUCUAAGUCCUCUAUAUCCUCUCCACAGGCUUCAUCGCAAUCAACUGGUCAGUAUCGAUCACAGAUUACUCCUGUAGCUCGAGCUAAUCCCGUAGAGAAUCAAACAUGUCUGAUCCUGGGUAAAAAUGACCUAGUACCAGACGAAAAUCGUUUGGUGGAUACUAAAGAAGAGUCAAUCACUACUACGACGACACCUUGUUAUGCAAAAGACACUCCUUAUUUAAGUAAAGUAACAAAUUAUCCUCCUGGGCAAAACCCUCAAGAUGUACGAAUUCCACCUCGUCCACGUACUACUACUACUACUCGUAAAGCAUCUCCUGCAAGUUUACUCUGCAAACGGUGUGAUAACUGUGACAAUGAAAAGUUGAGCGUAAGACUAAAGAAUAAAGAAAAGACUGUCGGUGAAUUCAAAGAACCACCAAAACGACGAAAAUCUGUUGAUCAGCUUAAAGAACCAUCAAUUCAUGGAUUACCUGACCCUGAGAUUUCUACUAAACCGCGUAGUCGAAGACCAACUCAAUUUUUACAGCUGAAUGUUCCAACUACUGAAACUUCAUGCAAUGAACAAAAAUCGACGUAUUUAACUUCUCAGUCAUAUUAUUAUACACCAGAUUUUACUGUUCGUCGUUCUCGAGGAUCAGAGAGUGCACAUAUUCCUGAGAAGACAGAAUCAAAAGAAACACAAAGAGUUCAAAAACCAGAUGAUUUUAUUGAAGUUCCAAGUUGGCGUAUCAUCCCAAUCCCGGUGAUUGAAAAUGCAAUAGAUUGUUCUUGUGAAACAAGACAACAUUCUUUGAAAUCCACUCCUAGAAAGCCACAAUCUACAAAUAAGUUGACGGAUUCCGAUAAUCUUAAAUCUCAUAAUCUUCGACCUCAACGACCCAAUCAACUAACAGGAGCAACAACAACAACAAGUACCAAUCGUUCUGGAUCUUCUUCACAGACACAGAAAUCUCGUUCACAAACGGCGGAACACGGUAAAUCAAUUGAUGCCUUAGAUGAAGACAUAUCAGAUGCAGCGUAUCUUGCUCGUCAUUCACGUUUAGAGGUGGAAGAGGCGCGUCGUGAACGUUUAUCCCGUCAGCGUACAGCAGAACAAGAACUUAAACAACGUUUAGAGGAAAGAGAACAAGCUAGUUGGCACAAAAGACAAUCAGGUCGUUUAGAUCCAUUGUUGAAGUUUAAUCCAGCUAGUCGAAUGCCAACUCAGUUGAGUUAUACAUUCAAGCAAGGUCAUCAAUUCCAUCUGGACAAUUCCAUCCCUGUGGUAGUAUUCGGUUGUCGUGUACCGUCAGCAUCAUUAAAACCCUUCACAAAGUCGAGUAUUCCUUGAAUAUUGAUGUUGUACGGGAGAGAGAGACUGAUAAUGGGAAAACAAACCUUCAUGCCAUGCAGGAUCCUGUUUUGCAAUGUUUAUUAUUUGUAUGUCUGUGUACAGUUCUGUAUCGUUUGUUGUUAGUUGAUGUCGUUGUUGCUGUUGCUGAUGUUCUUGUUGCCGUUGUCUUAGCAGAAGGAGGAUUCUUCUGUUAUGCGCCGUGCAUGUGUAUAUAUAUACAUCCGUAUAAAAUGACCAGUCUACAUUGUACUGUUUUUCUCCUUCUAACCGUGAAUUAUAUAUAUAUCUUCAUAUUGUUGUUAUUAUUACUAUUACUAUUAUUAUGUUUAAAUCCGGUUGGCUUUUUCUGAUUCCUGUCUAUCCCCUCUGAUAAUAAUAAUAAUAAUACUAAUAUUAAUAAUUAACUCAUGGCUUAUUCACACAAACACACACCUCCCCCAUCACUACCACGCUUCAUUACUUUUCAUCAUUUGGAACUUUAUCACCAUGG